CCACAGACGGUGAGCGGCUGCCGGAGAGUCGCUGUUCUGCGGAGGAGGUCGCUGCUCACAGCGGAAGAUGGCGACUGUUUGGAGGCUGCAGAGGAAUCUCUGGAGCUGAUACCGGGGAGGCGGAGAGGAAAGCUUCACACUCAGAGCCCUGAAAAGAAUCCAUCUAAAACAACGGUACCAAACAAAGCUGCCGUAGUCACGGAAUGACGCUGACAGCGUUUCAAGAGGGAAACUGACAUUAGAGAGGCUGUGGUGGAGCUAGCGUUAGCAGAGAUUAUCAGCAGAAGACUAAAGGUAUCAGCUAGCUCGUCUGUUAGGAGGGUGGUAAGACUAGAUGAGGCUGCUGACCUGAGAGGAUGUCGUGUCGACAAGGCACCUAAGAAACAAUAAUGUCCCGUUCCCCUGACAAUGAAGAUGGAGGAGGACAUGUUGCCAUGGAUACAGAGGAUGAAGGUGCAGAUCCUGCUGGGAUAACGGAGGAAGUGGAUGCAAAGAUGGGGUCCUCUUGUCAAGAAGGGAACAUGGACAGCGGUGCCAAAGGGGAAGGGAGGACAAUGAUGGAGCUGCCGGAGGAAGUUCUCGAAUAUAUUCUGUCCUUCCUCUCACCUUACCAGGAGCACAAGACGGCUGCACUCGUAUGUAAGCAGUGGUAUCGUCUCAUUAAAGGUGUUGCCUAUCAGUGCUACCAUGGUUUUUUGAGAGCUGUCCAGGAGGGUAAUAUCCAGUGGGAAAGUCGCACAUACCCAUAUCCAGGAACUCCCAUCACUCAGCGCUUUUCACACAGUGCAUGUUAUUAUGACUCAAAUCAGUCCAUGUAUGUGUUUGGGGGUUGCACUCAGAGUAGCUGCAAUGCUGCCUUCAAUGAUCUAUGGAGACUUGACCUCAACAGCAAGGAGUGGAUCCGCCCUUUGGCCUCAGGCUCUUAUCCAUCUCCUAAAGCUGGAGCGACUUUAGUGAUGCACAAAGAUCUGUUAGUGCUGUUUGGGGGAUGGACUCGCCCCAGCCCUUAUCCACUACACCAACCAGAAAGGUUUUUUGAUGAAAUCCACACCUACUCUCCUUCGAAGAACUGGUGGAACUGUAUAGUAACAACACAUGGACCGCCACCUAUGGCAGGCCACUCUUCAUCUGUAAUAGGAAACAAUAUGGUAGUGUUCGGGGGAUCUUUAGGAGCACGUCAGAUGAGUAAUGAAGUUUGGGUUCUUGAUCUGGAGCAGUGGUCCUGGUCCAAACCACCCAUAUCUGGACCAUCACCACACCCACGAGGAGGCCAGUCACAAAUUGUGAUUGACGAUCAGACAUUGCUCAUCUUAGGAGGCUGUGGUGGCCCUAAUGCACUCCUCAAAGAUGCCUGGCUCCUCCACAUGGAUGCACUACCAUGGAGGUGGCAGCAGCUGCAGGUGGAAAAUGAGGACCACGGAGCCCCAGAACUGUGGUGUCACCCAGCAUGUAGGGUGGGCCAGUGUGUGGUGGUCUUCUCACAGGCGCCAUCUGGCCGGGCACCACUCAGCCCAAGUCUUAAUUCUCGGCCCUCCCCCAUAAGUGCCACGCCUGCCCCUCUGGGCCCUGAACCUCCUUCCCUGCGCUCUCAAUCUCCUGUUCGGAGUGGUGCCGCCGGUGUUGUUCUGGGAGCUGUUGAAGAGGCUCCAUGUGUGAACGGUCGAUGGGGCACUCUGAGACCUCGGCCUUCAGCGAGAGGUGGUGCCAGAGAUGGUAGCCCAUCCUCAUCUCAGCAGCAAUCUCCUUCACAGGGCCCAGAAAGCCCUCCUCUUCCUCCGUUAUUAAAUGGAUCCUCCCCUUCACCUCGGACCAGCCCAGCCCAGGCUGCAUCUCCUUCCUCUCGCCCUCACCUGCCUUCCUCCACAGACUAUGGAUGGGAGUCUCCCCCCUCUGCUGCUCACCAUCCUGAGGUUCCUAGCACCAAUGGCCUGCAUACGCCUCCAUCGGGAUCUCCACGCACCCCACCAGGUGCAGUGUCCCCUGCUGCCUUACGACGAGGGCUCGAGGCAGUGAAAAACAAAUCUUCCUCAUCUUUACCUUCUUCAUCAUCAUCAUCUUCCCUUCAGACACAGGGGGCUUCUCCUGGAGGUGGAGCAGGUCCUCCAGGAACCCCUCCGUCAUCAUCCUCCAGCCCUCCCCAGGUUGCUGGAGCUGAUGGACACGCUAUCCCACCUAUUGCGAGACGCCUUGGUCAUCAUCCCCCGCAGAGUCUGAACGUAGGAAAACCUCUUUACCAGUCUCUCAACUGUAAGCCCAUGCAGAUGUACGUGCUGGAUGUGUCCCGGGCCAAGUCUGCCGGGGUGGUGUCCUGGAGAGUUUAUGGGAACGGGACUCCUCCUGCAGUCACAGGACCACCGGAGACCAGCCUUCAUACUGUGGUACAGGGCAGGGGAGAGCUCAUCAUCUUUGGGGGCCUCAUGGACAAAAAACAGAAUGUGAAGUACUACCCCAAAACCAACGCCUUGUACUUUGUACGCGCUAAAAGGUAAUGCAGCUCUAGACAGGAUUGAGAAGAUGUUCAUCCUGUGACCACACAAGGGAACUGACACACAAGGCCUUUUUCCUGUAGGAAGGAUUAUGAAUAAAGAACAUAAUCAUUGCUAGAUGUUUCACUUCAGAAAUUCACUAUUCCCCCUUCUGCCUACUGCAAGCAUUCAAAAGAAAACACUUUAAGUACACUUUGAUAAAACCAUUUGCUUGAAUGAAAAUCCUGACCGUGUGUGUGAAUGUAGGUAGAGGUGUGUGUGUGUGUGUGUGUGUGUGUGUUUGCAACUGCAGUGAUGGGAGACAACUGGACUUUAUUUUUUGUUGUUCCCCAGAAGGAGAACAUCCAGACAAUAAUUCUUAUAUUGUGUGUCACCAUCCUCUGAACUCUUAAAGAGUCUGGAAGAGCGGAUGCUGUUGGCAGAAACCGUCUGACUACCUGCUUUUUGUAUCACUCUUUAAGCCUGCAAUGUUUACAUUGAAAACUGUGUGAGUGUGUGUAUGUGUGUGCACGAUGGUGGUUAAAAGUUGUUGACUAAUGUGUGAUGGGGGCUAUGGUGGGUGAGCGAUGUGGCACUGUACUAUGAACAUAGUUAAAGAAUAAAGGCCUCCAUGUCUGCUCAG